AAUCGGCGGUCGUUCGUAAUUUGAAUUAAUGUAAAGUAUUCCGCAAGAGUUAAGUUCUUUGAACUAAUUAUUAGUGCAUUAAUUGCAUGAUUGAAAAAUCAAACAAAAUUCGUUUGUUUUCGUUUUGCAAGUUGAAGUGUUCAAUAAAAGAUAGUGUUGGUGCUAAUAAAAGAUUUUUUAAAAACAAACAUAAAGUCGCUUAAAGUUUUGGAAACUUAGAGAAAAGUGUUCAAAAUGAGUCUGAGCCGAUUAGGUAGUUUUAUGAAGUGCGAUUUGGCGAGAGUCUCAUCGUCGAGCGCGUCGAUUUCGAAACUUUGGGGACCUUGUACUAAGGAAGUGAGUACUUGUAGUACGCAGCGCGGGAGCGUUACCCAACAUAGUUCUAAGCCCGACUGGAACCGGGCGGUGAGCGAGGCGGAAAAGAUUGUGGGGUAUCCGACGUCGUUCCUGAGCCUGCGAUGGGUGCUGAGCGACGAGAUCGCUAAUGUGGCUCUCCAUCUGAGGAAGCUGGUUGGGAGUAACCAUCCACUGUUGAAGACUGCGAAGAAUUUGAUCUACAAUGGCAAGAACAACAUGCAAGCGUGGGGCCUCAUCGUGCUGCUGGUGUCGAAGGCAGCCGGCCACAGCCCAGAGAUACCUGAUAUGGAGCAGGAUAAGGCAGCUGGAGUACUGCACAGUCAACGCGCCCUGGCCGAGGUGACGGAGAUGAUCCGCACCUCGCACCUCGUGCACAAGGGCCUCGUCAACAUGAACGCGCGGCAGCAGGUGGCCGGCGAGCCCGACGACAUGAUGUUCGGGAACAAGAUCGCGCUGCUCAGCGGUGACUACCUGCUGGCCAACUCCUGCUCCGAGCUCGCCAACUUGCGGAACCAAGAGCUGGUCGAGCUGAUGUCGUCAGCCGUGCGAGACUUAGCCGAAGCGGAGUUCCUCGGCGACCGAGACGAGCAGAACAACCCGCUGCCCUCCCGCCCCUUGCCGGAGGCGGAGUGGGGACCGGCUUCUGAAUGGGACUGCAUCGUGGACCCGUUACCCAUGGGCGGCGUGGCGGGCUGCCUGCCGCGCGAGUGGGCCUCGCGCCACGUGCUCGCGGCGGGCGCGCUGCUCGGCAAGAGCUGCUCCGCCGCGCUCAAGCUGGCGGGCCACCAGCCGCAGCUGCAGACGCAGGGCUACCUGUUCGGCUGUCACUUGGCUCUGGCCUGGCAAGCGUUCCUGGACCUUGAAGCGUUCACGGGCCCUGAGCCAGCCAGCUUCUCAUUAGUGGGUGCACCAGUGGCCUUCACGCUGCAGGCCCGCCCAGAACUUUAUGAACUGAUCGAGCCGGGACGCCGCAGCGUUCACGACGUAGAUUAUCACGCGCUAUACCGCGCGGUGGUAGAAGGCGACGGCAUCGCGCAGACCAAGCGGCUGCAGCGCUCGCACGUGGCGCGCGCGGUGGCCGUGCUCGACAGCUUCCCGCCCGGCGACGCGCGCACUGCGCUCGCCAACAUCAUCGUUGCUAUGCACCACGAGAUCUGAGGUACGGGGCUAAGAGUCUAGUGCCCGAUCCCUUAUUUUUAAGUGACCCCUAUAACGGUAACACAUAACAGGGAUUUUGUUUUCAAAGGGGUCACAAAAAUUGGGGAUUGAUGGUGAAAACAAGCAUAAGACCCACUAGGAUACAUGUUCUAUGUCAUUAUAGGUAAAUAAGAGCCAUAAGCAUAUACACAGCGGAAACUCCCACACACUCACAUACAGCGGUCAAACAUCAGCGUUUAAUGUGGUGCUGUAAGAAGUAGCGCAAACUUAGCUACUAUAGUUAGUCGCGCCGUAGCCGCGUAGCAGUCGCGCCGUUGGUCGCGUGCGCUCGCCAACAUCAUCGUUGCUAUGCACCACGAGAUUUGACGUACGGGGCUAGGAGUCACUAGGAUACAUGUUCUAAAUAUAGUCUUUGGUAAAUAAGAGCUAGGCUCCACAAAUUGAUAUAAUAUCUAUCUCAUAUUUGAUCGUUUAGAUAUAUACACAUACGGCUCGAUAGCUUCCCGACCGGUGACGCGCGCACUGCGCUCGCCAACAUCAUCGUCGCUUUGCACCACGAGAUAUAAAGUAAAGUAAUGAACGCUAGGAUAUAUGUUCUGUAUCAGUUAUAAGUAAAUAAGACAGAAUGCAUAGUCAAACAUCGUACAUCGGCGUUUAAUAUGGGCGCAGCAAGAAGCAGCGAACGAAACUGUAGCGCCAUAGUCGCGUAGUAUUCGCGUAGCAGUUGAGCCGUAGUCGCGAAUAAGUCGCGCCGUAGUCACCAACAUUAUCGUUUCAACUUCCCAAUUUAGAUUUUGAUUUAAAAGGAUCACUAAUAUUAAAAUGUCUAAAGACCCUGACCAAACAUACCUAUAAAAAAACAUGUAUCCUAGUGGAAAAGAAAAACUACGAGCUUCAAGUAUAGAGCUUUAGAACUGGAAAACUUCGGUACUUACUCAUCCGUCCCACGUUCAAUUUGCUAAUAAUAUUUAAGUAUUAUUGUACAGUACUUAUUAAGUUUUUCAUGAAAAUCAAAAUUCUUGUUAAGAUGAAAUAAAAAUAAGUUUUUGACCUAUUUUUGUAAAAAAAAUGUGUCCAAAAUCAUAUAUUUUAAAAUAAUAUUAAAGAUUCUACCAUAAGUAUUUAAACAAGAUUUUUGAGGCUAAUAUAAAA